GCCGCGACGAGCGCGCAUGCGCAGUCAAAGUGCGGCCAUCUUGGUCUUCGAGAGUGUGAAACUGUCCUCCUGUGAAGUUGUUUUAGCUGCUGCAAGGUGAGUUCACCCAACAAGCGGUCUGGAGUAAACAUGUCAGAAACGGCACUCAAGUUUGGCCCAGAGUGGGUACGAGCUCUCUCUCAUGGUGGUAGUGUAAACUCCCCACCCCCCAGUCCUGGCCUCAACAAGUAUAAGUUGGCAGAUCACCGGUAUGGCCGUGAAGAGAUGUUGGCAUUGUUCGACAAGCACCAGAGUCCGCCAGAUGGAAUACUAGCACUUGGGCCACUGUACCUUGAACAUCCUCAAGAUCCCCUGGCACUUAUACCUAUGAACGAAGAUGAACAGCGGAUGUGGCAGAGAGGAGUAAACAGUGAUGCUGUGUUGCGGCAGACAGGAAGACCCCCAGUGAAUGGUGUUGGGCGUGGCAGGGGUGGCAGUGUGGACCGCGGGCGAGGCCGAGGACGAGGCACUGGCUCGUACUACAGUCGAGGUCUGAGCUACGAUGAAGAGGCAGAACCACGGGGACCGAGGGAAGGUGGAACAAUGACACUUGGAAUGGGGAUAAGGAGCAAACCGUUUGAGCGGUCGCAAAGUGUGCAUGAACAGCGUGCAUGGAGUGAGCGAGGCACAUCAGGUCCAGUUGGCACGGUGGGUGGAACUAGUGGCACUGAAGAUCGCAAUGGAGCCAUUUCACCCCGCAAGGAGCAGGGAAGGGCCUCGACUGAGAACUGGAGGUCCCGGGGAAGUGAAAAUGAUGAGACUGAGCGAUGGAGGGGUGUAGGCAGUGGUCGCAGUGAAAAAUGGGGUGCACGAUGUGGUUGGCGAGAGAGAGAGAAUGGCCUAGAUGGAGACUGGGAUGACGGCUCUGGACGAGGGACUGGCCGGGGUGUCCCAGUUACCUCACGUAAUACACGGCAACCUUGGGAUGACAAAGACGGACACCACAGGAAAUCAUGGGAGGAAGAUAACUUGCCAGAGUGGGCAACUGAGAAUGCAGAUGAGAAAGGUGGAAGCUUUGAUGCCUCGGGUGCUUUCCACGGCCCAGGUUGGUCUGAUGAGGAAGAGCCAUCUGCUGAGAACCGAGGUGGUGGACGACCCAGGCACAAGUCCACAAGUCCAGACAAAACCGUCAGAGGGAGGGUCACUGUACUUCCAAAGCCAGAAUUGGGCAAGAAAAAGAAUGAAGCAGAGCAAGAAGAAAGGAAUAAAAACAGUGGGUCUCCCUCUGAGCCUGGUCAGGAAAAGUCUAUCCCAAAUGCAGUAGGAGCCAGCCAUGAAAGUGGGAGUGCAAGAGAUAUUGCAGAAUCACAGAGAAUGAUGAGAGAAGAUGACUCUCUGAAAGAGGAAAUGGCAGUCACAAAUUCUAUGGACACAGUCUCAAGCAGUCAUGCUUCGUCCCCCCUCAUUAAUGGUAUAUCUGGUGAUGAGGACAGUAGCAGAGAGAUGAAUCCAGCAGAAGGAAAUGAUGGAAGUGGUGGUACAGUUCCUGGACACCAGACAAAUUCUCCUGUUGAGCCCUUGCCUGAAGAACAGAGACAGGGAGAGGAAGAGAAAUUGGAACACAUGCGGAGUGUUGCUGAUGAUCUGGUGGCUAAGCUGGUGGAAGAGGAUGACAUGAGACCUCAGGCAGGGGGGCCAAAUCAGGGCGUGGCACCACCUGGCCCCAUGGGUGCGAUUGCGGAGUCAGGGAGCCAUGCUUCGCAAAUACCCGGCGAAGACAAGUGGUACUACACGGAUCCUCAGGGUGAGGUGCAGGGGCCGUUUAGUUGCAGCGACAUGGCUGAGUGGUAUAAGGCUGGCUACUUCACCUCAAACUUGCUGCUCAAGCGCGAGUGUGACGACCAGUUUGCUCAGCUCGGAGAGUUGACGAGAGUAUUUGCUCGAGUACCUUUCUUGCCUGGACCACCUGUACCCCCCUUAAAGUUAGCAGAGUUGCUAGCAGCCCAGAAGCAGCAGGCUGAGAGGGAGAGAAUUGAGUUGUUGCAGAACUAUAUGCUUCAACAACAAGUUUACCAGCACCAAAUGGCUAUAAGCCGUCAGCAGGUUCUGCAGAAGCUUCAGAGCAUGGAUGAGUGGAGCAGCCUCAACCAACUGCAGCAGCAGCAGCUCUUCAUGCAACACAUGAUGAGCGUGCUGCCAGCCCAUCCCCCUGUGCCCCCAACGGUACCCCCCUCUACCACACCCCCGGCAGCGAUACCCACCACAACUCAGGUGUCAGCGGCCGGGCCUGAUCCCAGAGUCAUGCCUGGGCAUGUGCCUCCGCCCGUCUCCAAACCUCAGGACCCCAUACAAGCUUUGGUUGCACAAAUGCAAACAUCUUCGGCUGCAAGCAGCACAGCCAUGACAUCUUCAGAUGGAUUACCAACAUCACAGCUGACAGCAACAUCAAUGGCAGCAGAAAAUCCUCUCCAGAAGUUGUUAAUGCAACUUCAGCGCGGCCAGCAACCGGGCAUGGGACCAAUUGUGCCUCCUAGUGGCCCACUAGGGGUGGCUGUCUCUGGAGGUGCUGUGCCAGGAAUGCCUGCUGCAGGUAUUCCCCUAGACAAGCCCCCAGAACAGCAGUUUGAUGCUAUCCAGUCCUUGAUGCAGCAGCUGACCAAGAUGCAACCUCCCACUCCAGAACAGGAAGAGCAGCAGAGAAGACUUGAGGAAGACCAGAAGCGCAUAGAGGAAGAGCGGAGACGCCUGGAGGACCAGAAGAGAGUUGAGGAGGAGAUAAAGAUGGAAGAAAUGAGACUAAAAGAGGAACUGAAACGCCAAGAAGAGCAGCGAAGAACUUUGGAAGCCCUCCGUCGGCAGCAUGAAAAGGAGAAAAUGAGGUUAGAAGAGGAGAGACGGAAGAUCAAAGAAGAGCAGAUUAGGAGACAGGAGGAAAUAAGGAGAAUUGAAGAAGAAAAGUUGAGGAAAGAAGAAGAGGAGAAGAGAAAGAUCCAGCUCUCAUCUUCCGUGAAGGACCAGCAGAGAGCAGCUGAGGUGAAGCGGAGGCAGGAGGAAGUGCGUCAAGAAGAGCUGCGACAGGAGGAGCUUAGGAGACAGCAGCAGCAGAAGCAAAAGCAGGAAGAAGCUACUAGAAGGAAAGAGGAAGCAAGAAGGAAAGAAGAAGCAAGACGCCAGGAAGAGGCAAGGAGACAAGAGGAAGAGAGGAGACGGCAAGAGGAGGAGAGGCAGCAAGAGGAGGAGAGGAGGAGGCAGGAGGAGGAGAGAAGAAGACGUGAGGAGGAAGAGGAGGCACGACAGCAAGCCCAGAUUCAGGAAGAGAUGAGGAGGAUUGCUCUGGAGGAAGAACGCAGACACAUGCAACAGAUAGAAGAGGAAGAACGCAAGCGCCAGGCUGAAGAGGAAGAGAGGCGGCACCAGCAUCUCCUGCAGGAGCACCUCAAAAAUAUAUUACCAGCAUGGAACAAACCACCUCCAGUGGCAACACCUGAGGCUGCACCUGCACCAUCUCUUGCAGAUAUUCAGAGAGCGCAGGAAGAGAAAGAGAGAAGGGAGCGUGAGAUGGAGCAACAGAUGCAGCAACAGAGACAAAGAGAAGCACAGAGACAAGCAGCCGAGGAAGCCAGGCAGAAGAACGCAGGGUUAAAGUGGGCAGCUCGUGCUCAGGCCAAUCCAGCAUCACAACAGCCUGUCAAAUCCCUCUUAGAGAUCCAGGCUGAGGAGGAGAAGGAGCUUAAGAAGAGACAGGAGAAGGAGGCUGCCGAACGUGCAGCUGCUGUCAGCCACCUGAGUCUGGGAGCUGCAGGUGUUUGGGGGUCAGCCAUGUCCAACCUCUCCUGGGCCAACCGUGCCUCCACGGCUGCUCCCUCACCCUCACCCAACAAUAUGUCUAGUCAGCAGUGGGGGGGAGCGAAUGGUGGGCAUCUUGGCUCAGGAAAUCAGUGGCACAACAAUAGUCAGUCUUCAACCACAACCAAUGUAGGUCACUCAGUGUGGAAUAAGGACCAUUCUUCCAUCUGGAACCAGUCAGAAACUCCUGCCUCUGCAGCAGGUGGAUUCUGGGACAACCCAGAGCCAGUGAAGGUUAACAAGGCUGUGACAUCGACGGGUCGUAAUCCUGGGAAGCCAAACACUCAGAAUCCUGGGAGCAAGCCUGGGGCUCCUGCACAAAAUACAAAUAAUAACCGAGCCAGCAAGAAGAAGGUGAAAGAUGAGAGUGACAACGUUAAAAAAUUAUUUGCUGACAGCAUAUCUCCGGCUGAUAGUUUCACUCAGUGGUGCAAAGGCUCACUCCACACUAUGAAAGUGCAUGCCUCCAUUGACAUUCCAACAUUCGUGACUUUUCUCUCUGAGGUGGAGUCCCCAUAUGAAGUCCAUGACUACAUCCGUUCAUAUUUAGGGGACAGCAAGGAAGUGAAGGAAUUUGCUAAGCAAUACCUGGAACGGCGAAGUAAAGCUCGCAAUGCACAGAAGGAACGGGAGGUGGAGGAUGAUAUCCUUGCUCCUGCUCCUGCUGUGAAUCCAACCAGCACAGAGUUCCAGGAAGUUAAGGUAAGAAACAAGAAGGCCAAUAAGAAGAAAAUGCAGAAGGUUGACAACAGUAUUCUUGGAUUCAGUGUAACCUCCAAUGAUCGCAUUAAUGUUGGGGAGCGUGACUAUGCAGACUAAUGGCGGGUUGAAGUUGUGAUAGCAAUGAACAGUGAUUGGGUGCUGGAAGUGACUGAGACGGGAUUAUAACCUUUACCUUGUGGGCCCUUCACCCUCAGGGAUGCCUGGCUGUAACAUGUGGCUGUGUUUGUACCACAUCAUGUUGCACACUCAAAAUUAAAGAAAAUCUGUUUCAUUGAUA